AUGUCUCAGACCUUGACUCCCGAAGUUACCUGGGCCCAGCGCUCCUCCGACUCGGAGCCUGAGCGCAACUACCUCUACGUGAACAUCAAGGUUGCCGAUGUUCCUAAGGCCGACACUACCCUCAGCAUCACCGAGAAGAAUGUUUCUUUCAAGGGCCAGUCCAAGAAGGGCGUAACAUACAGCGUCUCUCUUGACCUCUUUGCCGAGAUCGACCCCGAGAACAGCAAAGUCAACCACAAUGACCGUGAGGUCGAGCUCGUUCUCCGCAAGAAGGAGCUCAAGGAGGAGUUCUGGCCCCGUCUGCUCGAGAGCAAGCAGAAGAUGCACUUCCUGAAGACCGACUUCGACAAGUGGGUGGAUGAGGAUGAGCAGGACGAGGCCGGUGAGGAUGACUAUGCCAACAACUUCGGCGGCUUCGGUGGUGAGGACCCCAACGCCGGUGCCGGUGCCGGUGGCCUCGGCAACAUCGACUUCUCCAAGCUUGGUGGCAUGCCUGGCAUGGGUGGUAUGGGCGGUGGUAUGCCCGACCUCAGUGCUUUGGCCGGUAUGGGUGGUAUGGGUGGUAUGGGUGGUAUGCCCGGCGGCCAAGGUGCUGAGGAAGAAGAUGAUGAUGAUCUCCCCGACCUUGAGGAGGCUGAAGGCCAGAAGUCCACCAAGAUCCAGGAGGUUUCUUAA